AAAUUCAGUCACUUAGAAAGCUCUGAACUCAUGAGUAGACUGACCAUAUAUACUCAUGAGUACCUGAAUUGCCAGGUCACAAAGAGAUUUAAGAGAGAAUUAGAAUAUAAAAAAAUAAUAGAGAAGAUGAUAAUGAAGUUUCUACAUAAUGAGAUAUAUGUUAACUAUGAAAUGCCACAUAAGAUUCUAACUGAUAAUAGUGUAAAUCUCAUAGAAGAAGCAGUGAGAUAUUUCAUGAGUCAGUUACAGAUAAGAUAUUAUAGAACAAUAUCAUAUUAUUCACAGAUGAAUAGAAAGAUAAAGCACUUGAAUAAAAUUCUGAGCAAUAUGCUGAUGAAAUAUCUA